AAUGGAGGAAGCGGACGUAAAGCAGCUGAUUUCCCUCAUAGAGUCGGCUCAAUUGAAGUAUGAAGUCGAUGAAUCUGGAACUGUAUCUAUUGUUUGCGAUCCCGUGCAGCUCGUUGGGUCAUCUGAAGGUAUCAACAGCACUAUAUUGGUGGAAAAUGAAGCCGCAGAUAGACUCCUUACGCAGAGUUUAAACAUUUCUCAAGAUGAGGAUGAAGGCCCAGAUGCCAGUAAGCACAGCACGGACUCCUUGCCAAUCACAGCACCAGACGAUCCCUUGAAAUGUUUGGAAGGAGUCGAUGCAGAUGACGGAAAGGAGAAAACGCAAAAAGAUGAAGGAGGAUUAGAAGGGGAAGGAGGAGAAGGUGAUGGGGACGAAGAAGAUGAAGGGGAAGCUGAGGAAGACGAGGCCGGACCCCAACUGCAGCUAUCUCCAUCAGGGCAGUAUUUUAUCCAGACUCCCGAUGGACAAAUCAUCCAGGUCUUGGGGUCCCUGGACGAUGAAAGCAUUCAAGCAGAACCAAUCCUCGGAGAGAGUCAGGCAUCGGAGGCUGACGAGGGAAGGGCCAGGAGUGAGAAUAUUGUGGCUGUGGGCGAGACAGAGAGGAACAUGCAGAUCUUCGUCGUGGGAGGAAAUAGCGGAGAGGAGGUUUACCUCAUCAAUGCACCUGAGAGAGAGAUUGGCGACAGUGACCAGGGGAGUGCCUUACCUGUUUCCGCAAUGAUGCUGAAAGAUGUUGAGGCUUCAAGUGCGCAGGCUGACCUCACCACAGGAAAACUACCUGCUGACCUCGAAGCCAAAGCAGGCGAAGCAGAGAACUUACUCACUGUCAGCCUUCAGGGGGAGAAUCAGAGCUUGAAGAACAGCUUCCUUGACACAUUGCCCAAAGUCCCCCUAGAGAAAGAUUCCUUGGACAUACAGAUAAGCCAACCACAGAUUCAGGGCCAGGUGUCAAAGCCUCGGACAGCAUUGCCCUUUGCCAAGAGCCUCUCGUUGAGUAAAGUGCUGAGUACCGAUAAACAGACUUUAGAGACAAACGAAACCUCGAUUACCCAUCAAGACGAAAUGCAGAGCCCACUAGAGUUGCUAACAGAGGGCAUGCGGGUCCAGACAGACCGAGGGGAGAUGAUGGCUUUUAACUUGUCGUCUGUGACUCAGGCCAAACAAAUGGGACUCCACGGGCAGAAGUCCCUGAAGAACAUUGCCUCGCUCUUCGGCUCCGUGGUCAAAGUAUUGAGACCAGUGGCAGAGGAGAAGAAGCAAGAAGUUUUGGAGAUAAAGGAUAGACCAAUACUGCUGUCGUGCAAUGAAUGUGGUGCCCUAUUGCAUUCCGAGAGGUCUCUCCAAAUUCACAUUCGUCGCUAUCACGAAGAGUGGCAAGACGAGUGUUCUUUGUGCGGGGAAAAGUUCUACAGUGCCUCGUAUGUUCGUUCACACAUCCAAAAGGUCCACAGCCAAGAUGCAUCUUUCCAGUGUCGUCUUUGUUCCUACGAGUCUAAUGAGCUGAAGGCAAUCAUCAAACACCAGAAAGUACAUGGAAAGUGCCAGUCAUGUGAGAAGUGUGGCAAGAAAUACAAGACUCCCAAAGUUUUUCGUGCUCAUGUUAUGAACUGCAAGGGGUCACUGAAGAUGGAGUCUAGGGUGCCAUCAAAGAGGAAAGGAACCCAAGUGAGCACUAGCAGUGAUGAUAGUAGCCAGAGAGAUGGAGAUACUGAUGUAGGUGUCCAUGAAGUAAGUGGAGAACCCCAAGCUAAACACCAGAAGAUUGAGGUGAAUGUCACAGAAAACAGGGAGGUUAGUUCUCUUGAAACUUAUUCUCCAACCAAAACAGUUCAGACCAAGAGAAGAUAUGGAAAGGUGUGCCAAGCAGAAGAAGGAGUGAAGAAAAAAGAUGCGGAGUUUAAGCCAACAUCAAAGCACUACCAUCAGCAAAUUCUGAAGAUGACAGUUGAGCAAAGACCAACAAGGCAUAGUGCAAGAGGGCGAGAUAGGACCCACAGAUGCUAUUUGUGCUUUAAAUUGUUUUCCACAGCAAAUGAACUUGAUGCACACAAGGAGAGCUACCAUCAGGUUAAAUCGGCAAGGCCAGUGAGGGUAAGAACAGAUGCUUCAUUGGAAGAGGAGGAGGAGGAUUUUGCCAGCACUACCUCAGUUAAUAUAAAAUCUAGUCACACACAGUCUCAUGAAGAUGUGGUCAUCAAAGAAGAACCACUCGAGUUUGCUGAAGAAUAUGAAAAUGUCACAAUCAUUUUAGAUGAUGUCAUGAAAUCAACACAUGUUGUAAAACCUCUCUGCAUAGCUUGCAAGGCGGUCACAAAUACAGACUAUAGAAAAUCUUCCAAGUGGUUUAGUAAAGUGCCAGAUGAUGAUCACUCAGAAGCCUUGAAGAGAAACUAA